AUGGCGGCCGCCGCUGUGAGGAGGUUUUGGUCCCGUGGCCACGGAGCGGCGUCGGUUGACCCGGCGGCGGCGAAGCCGCGCGUGUGGGGCCGGCUGGUCUACGUGGGGCUGCUGGGCGGCGCGGCGACGUGCUGCGCGCUAGCGCCGGGCGAAGAGGCCUUCGAGGAGGCGCUGCUCGACGCGUCGGGGUCGCUUCUGUUACUGGCGCCGGCCACGCGCAACCGCGACGCGGAGACCUUCGUGCAGCGCUUGCUGUGGCUGCGGGGCCGCGGGCGCCUGCGCCACGUGAACCUGGGACUGUGCGCGCUCGUGUACGAGGCGCCCUUCGACGCUCAGGCUAGCCUCUACCAAGCCCGCUGCCGCCACCUGCAGCCGCGCUGGGUCGACUUCCCCGGCCGCAUCCUGGAUGUGGGGUUCGUCGGGCGCUGGUGGAUCUUGGGGACCCGGAUGCGCGAUUGCGACGUCAACGACGACGAGUUCCUCCACCUGCCCGCCCACCUGCGCGUGGUCGGGCGGAACCAUCUGCACUCCGAGGCCAACGAGCGGCUCUUCGACGAGAAAUACCAGGCCGUGGUGCUCACCGACGACCAGGUGGACCAGGCGCUGUGGGAGGAGCAGGUGCUGCAGAAGGAGAGAAAGGACCGGAUCGCCCUGAGCGAGGCUGACUCGCUGGUGCUGCCGCAGGUGGCCCAGUGAGCCCCCGGGGAAAUCCCUGACAACUUGCUGGGCGGAGGGGUGAAGCUGAGGAGACAGAUCAGGUCUAGGCGCAGGUCCCCCGUGCCAACUCUGCCUUGUCUCGCUAGCUGAAGCUACUUCAGAGCCUUAUUGGUCUUGGGCAAAGGAUGGAGGGCGUGGAAGGGUAGCUGAUAAUGAGGCUUUUACUUGAGCGAUUCUCUCCGGCGGGAUGUGAUUCGGCGUGCCUGAAGUCCCAGGUUCCAUCCUCAGCUUUACAAAAACAACAGGAGCCUAUUUUGUUUUACUUGAUUUAUAUCUACAAGUGCUUGCAGAUGGAGGUUUCAUUUUGACAUGCCCAUUUAUGUGCCCAGUGCAUUUUUAUCAAAGUAACUCCGUUCCCCACCAGAUACAUCUAGUUUCCUUGCCAUUUUCACCUGUAUUUGAUGUUUGUUCGAGCUGGCUUUGAACUUGAGCAGCUCCUGAUUCACCUCCUGGGUGCUAGGAUUAUAGGUGGGCAUGAUCACCAUGCCUGGAUCUUUAGGCCUUAUGGGACCCCCAGCAGACAUACCACAUUGGUCAGGUGAGUCCUAAAUGCUCCUAAGACCAUUUAUACUUUCAUUAUACUUUAUGUGUGUGUAUAUUUGACUUUUUGAGAAUAAGGUUUCUGUGGCAUCUAGGCUGGUCUCAAAC